GAUCCCAUUGGAUACUUGAAUUCACCAGUGAACAGGCAGCUGUCUCUCUCCAGGUGUUCAUACCUUUAUAGUAAACAGUGCAACCGAAGGGCUUAGCAGGUAAAGACUGGCAGCUAAUCCCAGUCCUGGACUUGGUGAUGGGUCGGUGUAAGAGAGUUUCCCUCUGGUCGGUGGAGGAUGUGAGUGUCUGGGCCCAGGAACAGUACCCUUCCCAGCUGAGCACCAUAAGACCAGCCAUCCUCAAACAUGCCAUAUCAGGCCGUGCCCUGUUGAGGCUGAGGCAACAUCACCUGGAGAAGCUGGGAGUGGACCCAGGAGAGCACCACGGCAUCCUGGAAGACAUCCUCCUGCUCAGGGUCCAGGAGGAACUGGAGAACCUCAACGACAUCUACUCCGAAUGUUUUUCUUCCUAACAGAAGGAAAGGAGGAACCGUGGAUGUCUGUGGAGAGCGAGAGACCGACAGAGAGAGAGUGUAUGUAGAAGGACAGAGAGAAAGAGCAAAGAGGGAAGAGAGGAUAGAGAGAUGUGAGGAAGAAAAAUCAUUUGCUCUCAGGAAUCAUUGACCUGAAGAGGAGAGGACCAGAUUGGUUUUGUCACGCCGCAGUUUCCUCUGACAUGGGUGUGAAUCAAGACCUCUUUUCACUCCCCUCCCUGGACCCCUCCCUGCCCUCUUCUCCCCUUCUACACUCAUUUUCACCUCUCCUUUCUCCCCUGCCCCUGCUCCUUUUAGUGUCUCCUUUCCUUCCUUUUCUCCACCCUACCCUGACUCAAUACUCUGUGGCAUCUGAAACUGUAAGAAAAACACAUUUUCCAAGCCAGCAGUACCCUAAACACAUUCUCAUAGAGACUGGCAGUUUACCGGUUAAAAUCCUAGACUAAAACUUGGGACAGAUGGGUCAGUGAGUUUAAUACACAAACAAAGUUGUCAUUUAGCUGACAUUUGAUUGGUUGGUUGGCAGAGGGAGAUAGAUAGAGAGAGAGCGUGAGAGAGAGAUAGAGUAAGAGAGAGUGAGAUAGAGCGGUGGUGAAGAUGAGUUGUAGAGUCAUAGAUUGUUUGUAUUUUAUGCUAUUCACACUGACUGACUGAAACUGAUUUUGCAAUUUUUGUGAGUUUUUAUUAUGCUUCGAUAUCGAUAUCUGUUUGUGAGAUUUAUUUUCUGCCUGUCGCAAACAGUGUGAUGACAGACAGGACUGAAUUGUACAAAGGCAGAACAGAUUCUCUCCAGUCUUCAUCUCCAUGGUCCUAUGAAUUCAUGGCAACUGUUUUUUUGACUAUAACAGAAUGCUACAAUAAAUAUAUUCUUUGUAACAUCAGAAAAUAAGUUAAUUUUUUAAAAAUCAUUUAGCAUAUUCAGACCAUCUCUCCAAGUCUCUUUAAAGGAGUGUAGAGAUCGCUGGGCUGGCUACUAAGUUUAGAGACAGCUAUGUUCCCGUAAAAAACACUCCUG